AUGCCAGAAGUCAGGGAGGGACACGGUGAGCAAGGAGAGCCUAGAAAGUCUAUGCUUCAGGAAUUAGGUUACAAUGCCCCGCGGGAGAAGAAGCGAGCUUGCCGGCCCAGGGCCUCUUCACCUUUAGGGGUCUGGUGUAGCUGCUCUGGCGCCACUAGCUUUCUGGUGAGCAGAGGGCAAAGAAAGGGCAUCACUGCUGGGAAUAGGAGAGAAGCGUCGGGUUGCACCCUAGGAGCCGACAUGAGUGUGACUAGGUGCUGGGUGCAGGAUAUUAACCAGAAACUCCAGGAGGACAACCAGGAACUGAGGGACCUGUGCUGUUUCCUGGACGAUGACCGGCAGAAAGGCAAAAGGGUGUCCCGGGAGUGGCAGAGAUUGGGUCGCUACACAGCCGGAGUGAUGCACAAGGAAGUGGCCUUAUACCUGCAGAAGCUGAAGGAGCUGGAGGUAAAACAGGAGGAGGUGGUGAAGGAGAACAUGGAGCUUAAGGAGCUCUGUGUGCUGCUGGAUGAGGAGAAGGGCGCGGGAUGCGCCGGCAGCCGCUGCUCCAUUGACAGCCAGGCCAGCCUGUGCCAACUGGUGGCCUCUGCUGCUCCCUAUGUGCGGGAUGUGGGUGAUGGCAGCAGCACCUCCAGCACCGGCAGCACCGACAGUCCUGACCACCACAAACACCAUGCCAGUGGGGGCAGUCCUGAGCAUCUACAGAAGCCCCGGAGCGAGGGCAGCCCAGAGCAUACCAAACACAGGAGCACCAGCCCUGAACAUCUACACAAACCCAGGGUUUCUGGAACCCCAGAUCACCCCAAAGCACUGAAAGGACCUAGUCCUGAGCACCACAAGCCCUUAUGCAAAGGCAGCCCAGAGCAGCAGAGGCACCCACAUCCUGGGAGCAGCCCGGAAAUGCUGCCCAAACAUGUAUUGAGUGGGAGCCCUGAACAUUUCCAGAAGCACAGACCAGGGGGCAGCCCAGAACAUGCCAGGCACAGUGGAGGGAGCCCUGAGCAUCUCCAGAAGCACGCCCUUGGUGGGAGCCUCGAGCAUCUCCCCAGAACCAGGGGAACAAGCCCAGAGCAUCUCAAACAACAUUAUGGGGGCAGCCCUGAUCACAAACAUGGAGGCGGUGGUGGAGGCAGCAGCGGGGGCAGCAGGGAGGGCACCCUUCGACGGCCGGCUCAAGAGGACUCAGCACCCCAUCACCGGAAUGUCUACAGUGGCAUGAACGGUGGGUCAGUAUGUGCUGGGGAACUGCUUUGCUAG